AUGACCGAGGAGACGGAGGAGCCGCGGACGCCCGUGAACCCCUCGGACGCCAGCGAAGGAUCGCGCAGUGAAGACGCCGCCGCCUCCAGCUGCGACCUGCAGUCCCCGUCCGCCACGUCCGCCCCGCCGUCCACUUGCGCAGCGGACGCGGAGCGGCGCAGCUCCGCGCACUCCAGCGGGCCGCCCAUGUCCGAGCCCUGCUCCUCCUCCGCCUCCAUGGAGCUGCUGGGGACGCUGGGCGUCGAGCGCGACGGACUGGGCGUCAAGGGCUACCUGAGCAUGCGCGACGAGGGCGUGACGUACCACCGCAUGAAGCGCUUCUACUGCCGCUGCGUGGGCGUCAACUUCUACCGGUUCGCGUCCCGAGACGCGGCGUCCGCGCUCAUCUCGGCGCUCUUCAGCGCCGAGGUGCAGAAGGUCGAGUCGUGGGACGGCAAGGGCCUCUGGCACACGUACCGCCACUCGUUCAAGCUGUCGUUCACGUCCGGCGUCGUGUUUAACGUGGACGCGGACUCGGAGGAGGACAAGCGGCAGUGGAUCGAGUACAUUGAGGCCGCGCUCAAGGGGACGGAGGAUGCAGUCGCCAAGUGGAGCGCGCACGCCUCCGUGAGCCCGGACAUCAUGGAUCUCACCCCUGGGGGGCUCGUGUUUACGGAGAAGAAGUGCAGCCCGCCUAAGUUUAAGAACGACACGACGUGCUGCCACCCUGGCUGCCACGUACGAUUCGACAGCACGGGAAAAAGACAGCAUCACUGCCGGAACUGCGGUGGCUCGGUCUGCUCGGACCACAGCUCUCGGUUUGCAAUGCUUCGGCACUUCCACAUGAACCACCCGGUGCGGCUUUGCAUGGGUUGUUACCGUGUGCAGCGCUUCGUGUUGUGGCUGGGGAUGCUGCUCCAGCGGCUUAGUAUCGCCCAGACGGAGGUGCAAGGCGUCAAGAAACCUGCUUUGGCCAAGGCCGACGAAGAGGAGGUCGAGGCAUUGCUCGCGAUGUUUAGCGACGAGGUAUUCGGCAUCUCUGAUGUCAUUCAGGUGCUGCAUUUGCAUCGCCACGGAUGCGACGAAGCGUACGCUUACGCCGUGAACAAGCUGCUGGAGCUGUCUGCAUCCAACCUGGCCGAUUUCGAGUUUUUCCUGCCGCAGAUAUUCCACAUGUGGCUCACGGUGGACUGGACGAACAACAAUAUCAAAGCUGCGCUGCUCUUCCGGGUCAUCUGUUACGCGACGCAGCUCCACAUUCGACUUGCGACCGCCAUCUACUGGCUGACACGCGCGGCGAUCGACGAUAGCUGUGGGUGGGGCUUCGGCCAGUCGGAGCUGUACGUUCCCGAGUUCCUGUACCGGAAAAUGAGCAUGUGCAAGCUGCUGAUGGUCAACGUGGAGAUGCAGAUUUCUCAUGGCGACUGGUCUUUUGAAGUCGACAAGGACUUGCCGGCUUCGACGGAACAAUCUGCCAUCAUCAAGUGCCUGUUUGACCGUCUCUUAAUCCUCGUCCAUACGGAUACCAAGGCCACGAUCCCGCUCGGUGCAAUAUGCGAUGCAGUUAGCGCCUGCUCCAUUCCUCCGGAUUUUUUACUGCCUAGCGACGCACUGCCCAACGAUUCCCACCGCGACGAUGGCGAAGAGCGUCGGAUCUUCACCACACAAAUUAGCUUCAUCGAAGAGCUGUGUGCGAUGACAGAGAGACUGCGCUUUUGUGCUCCGCAGGAGCGUAAGAAGGCGCUACGACGCGAACUGCAGAAGCUUGAACUGCCUGAAGGAGCUUUCUGCCCGCUAGGAUCGUGUGAUGAUCCACUUCAGCGGCUCCUUACGAUUGCGAAGGAAGAAGGAACAGUUUUUACGACCCGAGCGCGCGCGCCAACGUUAAUUUUCUUCGAAGUUGCGAGGCUGAUGACUAUCUCCGAAAAGAGCGCCUGGCUCAACCGUGGCCGAUCGCUCACGUUCAGCACCCAAAACGACAAACCAGGUGACUCCGAAGAAGUCAUUGAAGUUGACGGUCUGGAGGUUUUGGUCCCUGCUUCUGACGUCGAAGUCGCGAAAAAUGCCAUCGAAAUGGCCACAAGCAGUGAUAUCGCUCAAGUGAUUACAAUGGAUACGUUUUCUGGUGAUGGAGAGGGCCACAACAACGGUGACCCUGCCGAUGAAUACAGUGGUCAAAAGAAGAUUAUAGAUGACAACGCGUCCUCCAGUGGGGAAGAAGAUGAUAGCGACACGGAGGAGCUCAGAGAUCGCGUGUCCUCCGAUCCGCCACCAUCGCUUGUGGCGCUGGCUCAAGCUGUCGGUGGAAAGAAGAAGAGAAGUCGCCGUGGUCGGACUGGGUCCUUAAUGAACACUACUUCGAAAUCCUUGGACUCCAUUAUUGCGUCCUGCGCCGACACGAUCAAGAAUCGGCGGCGACGAUCGAUUAGCGAGGGAUCGGGCAUCACCGGGUUGGAGAAGUCGCAAAACCUGGGAUCGAUGCCAAGUCACGUCGAGAACUUCACCGAUGACCAGUUGAUUUCGAUGGCACAGAACAUGGAGAUCAGUAUGUUGGCGAGCAAUCCUUCUGGUCAUGGCACGUUUACGGGUAGACAAGUUGUCGAGUGGAUGACAAAGAACGAGAUUGUGUCGGACAAGGCGCACGCUCUCUGGCUUGGUAGUGAACUUCUGCGCUGCGGAGCUCUGGAAAAGACCUCGUUAUCAUCCAAUUCGUUCAGUGGGUUUGCAGCAAAUGACGAGACGUCGUACCAGCUCAAGAGAGAAUCCAGCACCAUUCUUCAAUCUCAAGAUCACCGCCACGUCGUACACUAUGAUGCACUCCCUGUGCUAGAACAGUCGCCGAGAUCUACGGACGGGUCUGCUUCGGAAUCUACCGAUCGAGAGCAGCCACUGAUUCGCACGUCUUCGCGAAUCAUGUUGAAACCCCAAGAGAGGAAGGUGGAUAUUGCUGACUUAGCUGACGCUGUCGACGCGAAUCUGGCCGAUACAGCAACUGAGAAUGCUCCAAGCUCCACGUCUAAAACGUCAAGGCCACUCCAGGAAUGUCUUACUGGGUCAUCCGAUGAUAGGCGUUCGAUGGUUUCGAAUGCUCGUGGCGCCUCGCUCUUUCUCAAGUUUGAGCCUGAGGCGGCUCUUGCGGCAAUGAACUCUGUGGAGCAAGCGAUGCAGCAAUAUGUCCUACCGAAAGAGGGCGUUGCAAAUGCUGCCCAGCUGAGCGAGGAUCUUCAUUUGUUGAGAGAGCAGCUCAAUAUUGUGUAUGACUACGUGAUUGACAAACGCAAGCGCCUUCACGUCGCCGUGGAGUCGGCGUUUGGAGAGAGUUUCGAGGAGAAGAGGGAACGCCUGCGUGAAACAUCGUCCUAUGUCGCGACAUCAACGGCGCAAGACUGGGACUGUGUCGCCUUCAUCGUCAAGUCCAAUGAUGAUCUUCGGCAAGAGGUGCUGUGUCAGCAGAUUAUCCGCCAGCUGCAAGAUAUCUUCCAUAGCGCAGACUUGCCUCUUCGACUUUUGCCGUACGAGAUCAUUGCAACUUCAGCGUCUACUGGUAUGAUCGAGUAUGUCAAGAAUGCCGUGUCGCUUGAUGCCCUAAAAGCGAGGGAUAACUACACGACUCUGGCGGAUCACUUUUUGAAAACGUAUGGCCAAGCGGAUUCCGCGGCUUACAAGACGGCUAUGACGAACUUCGUGAGGAGCAUGGCUGCUUACUCUUUGGCGUGCUACUUCCUGCAAAUCAAGGACAGGCACAACGGCAAUAUCAUGAUCGACAGCGACGGUCACGUGAUCCAUAUUGACUUUGGAUUCAUCCUUGGCAUCGCCCCAGGUGGCAGGUUCAGCUUGGAGACGGCACCGUUCAAGCUCACAGGCGAGAUGGUCGACGCAAUGGGCGGGACGCAGUCGGAUUACUUCAAGGCGUACGUCAUUUUCCUCAUCCAAGGCUUUUUGGCUCUUCAGCAACAUGCCGAUACGAUCCUGAUGAUGAUCGCCAUCAUGGCGCAGGAGUCGUCUUGCCCGUGCUUCUUGUCCCAGAACCCGAGAGACAUUCUGAGUAACACGAAGCAGCUCUUCCGCCUCGAGUACAACCAAAGCCAGGUCAUCAAGCACGUGAUCAGCCUUGUCCGACGCAGCCACAACAGCUACCGAACUCGUCAGUACGACGUCUUCCAACGAAUGACCAAUGGCAUUUUACCCUAA